UAAGGUCUGAUGUAAUGUCUGGUAUUUACCAGCCGGGCCCUCAAUAAGUAAGAUCUCACCUGAUCUCAUCAUAUCUCACCAUGAAGAUCUUCUUGAUCCUCUGCGCUUGCGCAGUCGUCUCGUCAGCCCCAUACUCAAGUAUUCUUGAACAGAUUCUGAAACUUGAGGAACUGCUGAUUAAGAACCCAGAAGAGGCGAAGGCUUUGCUGGAAAAGUUGAUAGGAGAGCAUCACCUAGGAAAACGUUUGUUUUUUCAUUCGAUGGUCCACAGCAUCGGACACGCCGUGGAAACAGCAGUCAAAGAUGUCGGCCACGCUGUUGAGUCAGCAGCCACGGAUGUCCGUCACGCAGCUGGCUCGCUCGUUGAUGGCGUGGAGUCAGCGGUCAAAGAUGUCGGUCACGCAGCUGGCGCGGUCGUGCAUGGCGUCGAGUCAGCGGUUAAAGAUGUCGGUCACGCAGCUGAAGCUGUAUUAAAAGGAGUCGAGACGGCAGCUCACGAAGUCGGUCAUGCAGUGACAGCUCACAGCUUGAAAGAAGCCCUGAAGGAUCUCGGUCACGCAGCAGGAGACUUGGUGAAGGGCGUUGAGACAGGAGUGGAAGAUGUCGGCGAUGCCGUAAAAGACGUAGAGCAAGGCGUUGAGACAGCUGCACAAGACCUCAGGCAGGCAGCUCGAGAUCUGCGACAAGGUAUCAGUCACCUUUGCCACUAUGUGGUGCAGGCAGCUGGCGAUCUUGAGCAAGGCGUUGAAACCGGAGCCGAGGAAGUGGCGCAGUCUUUGCCACUCAUCGGUCAUGCCGCGUCAGAUGUGGUUCAAGCCUAUUUUCAUACUCUCCAAGCAUCCGGGGCUUUCAAGCAGCCCAGUGAGGAGACCUGCCGGGAUUCCAUUCUGGCCUUCAUCGGCGCUCCGGGAAAGUAGGAGCCGAAGCCGAGGCAGAAGAAUAAUCUGAUCAAGCUUUUCGGCGAUAACGGCUCAAGUUGCUUCCGUACGUGCAACAGUUGAAGAAACUAAUGGUUUCAUAAGUUAAGUUAUAGCUUGUUAAAAUAAACACUUAAUUUUACAUUAAAUAAAAAACAAAACAAUG